AUAAAAUUAAAAACAACAUACUGGCAUGAAAAUCUGCAGGAGAUGGUCCGUCUCUGUUUAUUCUAACUCUCUUAUCUUUCCCAUGCUAUUGGUUCAAUGCGCAGGUAAAAUAUGGUGAUCUGGUAGGUGCCGCCGCCUAAAGGCGAUCUUCUAUAAUCAUUCAGUUAAAGGGGAGGUUAUGUCGCGACAACUAAAUCAUAGUAUCAGUGGAGUGUGUUGUGUUUUUAAUGAACAACAAAAUCAAUGAUAGCCGAAUAUGGCUGAAGAAUUACACGUAGUUUUAAAUCGGAGUGAGAAUACCGGGUUUGGGUUUUCUUUAUUAGGAGAACCUGGUUUACCACCUAUUAUUUACAAUAUACUCGACGAUUCUCCAGCCGCUGAAAGUGGUGAGGUAGAAGUUGGAGAUGUAAUUUUAAAAGUUAACGAAACCGAUGUGAUACGAUUUAGUACGAAAGAAGUUCUCAAAUGUCUGCGACUAUCUUCAGACCCAGUUACGUUGAAAAUUAAACGAGAUCCAAAAAUCAAAGCGACGGUCCACAAACAUCUUUGCGAUAUAGAAAAAACCUCUAAACUACCCGCUGUUCACACUACUAACAUAACCUCACUUUCUAAUUCUAAGAAACCAGAACCGGCAGUUCAUAAGACACAAAAUGCUUUGGUACGACAUGGUUCAACAACAAAUGGUAGUUGUGCGGAACAAGAACCUCUCCUUCAUCAAGACCAUCACGAAGAAGAUCAACUGCGACCGUUUGAGAGCGAACAAAACGAACGAUUACAAUGGCAACCAUUGGCUGCAUACACCAAUGAAUUCAUUAACAAAUCGAAGACACACGGGCAACCGAAAUUCGAGGCAUAUAUGAUGACCGGUGAACAUAUUUUGAAUAUAUCGAGAAUGCCGCAGACUACAACCAUUGUACCUAAGCAACAGAAGAAGAUGGAGAAUCUGAGAUAUCACAAUAGUCACGCCCAUCAUCUAAGGCAUCAACAGCAUACCUCGGUACCAAACAGUCCCAACGAAUCAGAUUUGGGACGUAACGCUACUAAAACUGGUCCAAAUUCAGCUUCUACUUCCCCUAUUAGUGCCAACAAAAGAGAUCAACAUCAACCGUCUCCCGUUGAUUCUUACAAUUACGUAAGAACAAGUAGAUCAGAGGACCAACUUCAAGGUCAAAACGAUCUUUACAACGUGAGCGUCGCCAAUUCGGAAGCAGACGAAGAUGUUACGAGCUCUCUGAACACGUUACUCGAUACACGACCCGAUUCCGCAACGGGAAAUUGUAACAGCGACAGCGAUCGCAUCGUUUGGACUUACAAUGCACCGAUUUCCGAUCAACACAAAUUCGCUCAUGCGCUAUCGAACGGAAGUAGCUCUUCGCAUAGCAACGCUUCUCCGACAUCUUCGAGUCCGUUACAUUCUACCGGAUCUCCCGCUUCGCCUACUUCAGUGUCUUCCUCUGUGAUGUCCAGCCAUUCAGGAUCAAAACGAACUCCAUACGGUCUUUCUAAUGGACCUACGGGGCAACUACCGGGAGGCGGCGAUUACAGUGUUUCAGAAGCGGUAUCGAAUAUUUCCAGUCCAGAUUAUCAUGACGAUGAUAUAGUCGGUUUACGAGAUUGCGUUAUGGAAAUUAGUGAUCAUAGUGAUAGUGACAGUACUUUGUUAGUGUCAGAACCUCGACAGAGGCAUGUUAGAGUACAUAACAGUAAUUCGAUGGGUAGUGGUAAUUCGGACGGUAGUGAUCAUCGAAUUGUGAUACAAGUGAAAGGACCCGAUAAGGAUAGACAUAGACAGAGUGAUAGUAUGUCGACGUUGAAAGAAGAUAGCGAUAGUUAUCAGGUAUCGAAUGACGUAUUACAAGAUUUAGAACACGAAGAAGACGGUUUUCGGGAGAUAUCUAAUAAUAAAUCGUCUCCGUUAUCUUCGGAAGAUGAAAGUGAUGUAGAAAGUCUUCAUAGUUUUCACUAUUCACCUAAAGCGGUCGAUAUGCCUUCCGCUAUCAGACUUGCGAAAAGGUUGUAUAGUCUCGAUGGUUUUAAGAAAUCUGACGUUUCUAGACAUCUUAGUAAAAAUAACGAUUUUAGUAGAGCAGUGGCAGAAGAAUACCUGAAAUAUUUUGACUUCGAAAAAGAUACCUUAGAUAUAGCUUUAAGAAAGUUCCUGAAGCAGUUCUCUCUCACCGGCGAAACUCAAGAGAGGGAACGAGUUCUUGUUCAUUUUUCCAAGAGAUAUUUAGACUGUAAUCCCGGAUCUUUCAAUUCUCAAGAUGCCGUACACACUUUAACUUGUGCCAUUAUGUUGCUCAACACAGAUAUACACGGCCAAAAUAUAGGAAGGAAAAUGACUUGUAACGAAUUCAUAGAAAAUUUAGCUGGUUUAAACGAGUGCGAAAAUUUCCCGAGGGAUGUUUUAAAACAGUUGUAUCACGCGAUCAAAAAUUAUCCUCUGGAAUGGGCGUUGGAUGAAGAACCCGAAGAAAGAAAUAGUGUACAAGUUCAACCCAGAAGUACGGAUAGCAGUAACAUUGGAGGUAAUCCUUUCCUUGAGAUACCAGUUAUGGCUAAUGCCGUUGAAUACAAGAAAGGAUAUGUCAUGAGGAAAUGUUGUUACGAAGCUAACGCCAAAAGAACACCGUUUCACAAACGUAGCUGGAAGAUGUUUUAUUGCACACUCCGAGACCUGGUGCUGUAUUUACACAAGGACGAAAACGGCUUCAGGAAGAAUCAGAUGGGGGAUAAUUUACAUAACGCCAUCAGGAUACAUCACGCGUUGGCUACCAAGGCUUCGGAUUAUACCAAAAAACAGUACGUCUUUAGAUUACAGACUGCAGAUCAAGCGGAAUAUCUCUUUCAAACUAGUGAUUCAAAGGAAUUGCAAUCUUGGAUAGACACGAUCAAUUUCGUGAGUGCGAGUUUUUCAGCGCCGCCGUUGGAAGCAGCCGUUGGUUCCCAGAAGAAAUUCCAGAGGCCGUUGCUACCAUGCAGUCACACUAAAUUAUCUUUGAGAGAACAACUAGCGGAUCAUGAGGAGAGAGUAAUGAGACUGGGAGCUAUGUUGGAUGAUCAUCGGAAAUCUCCACCAGAAAAAGGAUCAAAAUCACAAGUCAUACAAAACUAUAAGGAAAAGGAAACUUAUCUAACUUAUGAGUUGAAACGGUAUAAGACUUAUAGUUUGAUGUUGCGUUCAAAGAUGUCGCAUUAUCCGGAACUGACGGUCAGUUUGGCGGAAAACUCUAUUGGCGAAGCGGACGAAACGCUGGCGGGCGCGAUUGGACCAUCUGUGUGCUUGUUGGACGAGACGGGAGGUGGCGUCGUGGCGCCUCCAUUACCGGAUCGCCCUUCUCCCACUGUGAAUAGGUACAGUUACAGACAGGCCAUUUACAAUCGCAAUUUGCUCAACGGGGACGUGGACGCGGGUUGAGGGAGGCGUUUGUGCUGGUGGCAUGCUUGGUGUUGAGGUUUAUUCUUUUUUUUUUAUCUAUCUGUCGAAGUAUUUUUUUUUAAUUUCGUUUGAUGGUGGAGUUUCUAUUACUUUUGAUUAAACGGCUAGAGGUUGAUAAUGAAAUGUUGAUAAAUGCAGAAAGAUGAAUCGAUACUAAACGAAAAUGUAGUUAAACUACCGGUUAUUUUUUGAAGUACUGAACCAUCUCAAUUAUAUUGUUUCGAACUCGUCCCCAAAUGGAUCGUGAAGCCGUUCCUGUUCUAUAAUGUUAAUAGAAACGAAAGUUUGGUGGAGGCGCCGGCUACAAAUUUUCAAGAAACCGCCAAAUCUUUGUAUCUUUUUUAUAACCUGUUUACAGUAUGUUAUGAUUAUCUUUAUAGAAUCAAUUUAUAAAAAAGCUUUUUUAUUUGUUUACUGCAAAUUAAAGAUUUGGAACAUUCGUGAUAAUAGUGUAUAUAAACGAAUCUCUAACAGCCGUAGUCACUCAGUGAAUAAUCUGAUGUCAUAAUGAAUAGUAACAAGUAAAUUGUGAUUUUAAAUAAAUUAGUAGAUAGUUAAGUGGAUAAUUCAGUAAAUAAUGAAUAGUUUAAAGUAUAAAUAAAUAAAGUAAGUAGAUAAGGUAAAUUAACCCCACACCUGUCACUGAUGUAAUGCUUUUCUUAUUUAAUUAAACUGUUUUCAACUGUGGGGUAAAUUUAUACACACGGUCUAUCUUCAUUUAUUUAUUUAUACACUAAAUUAUCCACUGUAUUUACUAAUUUAUUUGAAUCCGCAGUUUACUUUUUAAUAUUAUGAUACGUUCACUAUGAUAUCAGAUUAUUUACUGACUGACUACGACUAACUAAUAUCCAGAAUGUUCAAAAACUCUUAUUUGCUGUAAACAAAUAAAAAAACUUUUAUAGAAAUGAAUUUUAUAAAGAUAAUCAUAAUAUACUGUAAACAGGUUAUAAAAAUAAUUAAGAUUUGCUGCUGUGUUGGAAAUUUGUACCCGAUGUGUCCACCAAAUUUUAGAUUCUAUUAACAUCUUCGAACAGGACCGGCUUCACAAUUCAUGUUGUAGACGAGUUGAGAGAAAUUGAUGACAAAUAUAGUUCCUUAAAAUAAAUAUUCAAAGAGUAUGCGCAUCGAAAAAGUUAUGUUGAUGUUUUUUAUCAUGAUAUCACCUUCUUAAGAGAAACAUUCCCCUAAGUUAUCACACCCUUGGUGCAUAGUUUUUCAAUUAAAUUUCGGAAAAAGUGAUUUAUAUAACGAAAUAUUGCAAAUUAAAAAUAUUUAAACACAGAAAUUUUAUUUUUAGAAACAAUAGCACGAUUUUUUUUUAUAAAUAUUUUACACUUUUAUUCAGGGUGAUUACUCCGAACGAUUUAAGAACAUGUAGUUUGACAUUUUCAUGUUCUGUAAAGUCUAUGGCCUACCUAACUGUUUAUUACAAAUUAUAGGUUAGUUUCUAGAUAGGACGCGUUUGGAAUAAAACUGUCGAGUUUACAAUUGAAAUCAGAGAUGGGCGGGUUAAUGUAGAUUAACUGUUACAAUAGUAAUAAGAAAAAUAUAAAAAUCCAUCGUUUUGUAUGAAUCAACAUUUCUAGUAUUUUGCUUUUAUUGCUAAUUAAAAUAGUUUUUGGUAUUUGCGCGCGGUUUUUGGUAUUUUUAUUGGUAAAAAUUUAGGCAAUUUUCUAACAAUUUCAAUGAAUAUAUUAGUAUUGUCUCAGGUAUCAUUUUAUUUAUAUUGCUUUGGUAGCUAAAAUCAAGUAAAAUAAUGGUGAAAAUGGGGGCGAAAAUAUAAACUCUUUAUAUAUUAAGUUUGUAUUAGUUUAGUAAACUUGUAUAUAAUUUUAUAUAAACAUUUUCGUAUUGGAAACGUGGCAAAUAAACACCAAAGUGUACUACCCCUAAUAUAUUCCGAGCUUUCGAAUACUUAUACAUUCAUCGUCUGGGACUGGAAUUAUGGUCAAGUUCAAUCCUUGUGGUACACGAGGUACCGGCAGGGCGACGCGAGCCCCAUCUAUUGAAUAGUCAUAAAACAAGGCGUCAGCCAUGUUGUUGAUGCGUUUCGAGAAGAUAGGACAUACCGGAGCAUUGCGAGUGAUUAUUAUUUGAUGAAGUGAGAAAUUGACUCAUUAUGAGCGUGAGAGCUAUCAGAAAAAAGUUCAGGAUUGUGGUUGUGACCCGUUUGAGCUGAGGUUCGAAGAUAUAGAGGACUGAGUACCUAGUUUCCGCACGAACUUUACUACCAAAGAUGCUCACAAUUUCCUCACCUCUAACCUUGUUUUCAUCGGGAAUAUGCAUCGAUGAUCCGUGUAGAGUAGAUGUAAAAAAAGGAAUACGGGUAAUUAGUCCUCGGUGCUAUCCUUCACACGUACAUAUUUCCAUCAAUCUAGGCUUUUGAAAAGACUAAAAAACCAUCUUUCAAUAAUUCUUCAAAAGAAUUGAAAGACCAAAGUAUGGUGCUAUGAUCAUCCUGGAAAAACGCAUCACAAUAUGGCCGACGCCUUGUUGUCGUAUCUGACCGCUAGAUGGUGCAAAAAUGCAACUCGCAAGACUCGUGAACCCCAAGAAUAUAAAACAGUAAAAUUCAGUAUAAUUAGUUAGAAUUCGGCGGUUCUAGAUUGUGUUAUUUCUUAUAAAAUAACAAUAAAUAACUAAUUAUUGUUGGUAUAUUUUAUUUAAACAUAUUUUUAUAUUGUAUUUGACCAUAAUUUCAAUCCCAGACGAUCGAAAGCUCGGAAACAUAUUAGAGUUAGUACUCUUUGGUGUUUAAUUUUGUCACAAUCCCACUACGAAAACUCUAAGCUGGCAAAGAUUUCGUUUUAAUUUUUUUUAAUAUACAGAAACAAUUAAACCCACUUUAUAUUGUUGAUAAUUAUAUUUGUUAUAAAAUUGUUUAAAAAACUUACUAUACUCAUUGUACUUUCAGAACCUGUGUUUUGAUAACAGUAUUUAAUUAUUUUAUAUUCCUAGUGACUUCCCAAAUAACGUAUAACUAGGGAAAUUUGAAGAAAUUUGACAGUUUUUUUGGCACAUAUUUAUAAGUUGGGAACCCAAGAGGCUUGAUUUUUGACCUUUUCUUUUCGUAUUGGCUUUUAUAAGAUUACUAGCGGACCCGACAGACGUUAUCUUUCACACACAUCUUAAAUUAAAAAAUUCCAAUCGACAGCGCGUGAGUAUGUGUAUAAUAUGAGCGAAGUUAAAUGUAGAAGCUGUGGAAAUAAAAAAUUGAUUUUUAAUUAAUUUAAUUAAAGUUGGAAUUUUAUAACUUUUGUAUUUAUUAAAUUGUCCAAAAACUUAAUUUAUCGUAAUGCCAUUAGAUGUACAAUAUUUUCGUUUGAUACUUGAGGGGUAUAAACAAAUAAAUUUGAUGGUUUUCCAACUCUAGAAUACGCAAUGUUAGAAAAACACGGAUUUUCUAAAUCUAAGCCACAAAUCUUCAUUUUUUGACUUUAUGACUUAUUAAUCGUCAUAGCAAGGUGAGAAAAUCUCCUCCACACCUCAUUUUAGGUCUGUCGGGCCAGUUUCUCCCUUUAGUCUUCGGUCGUCUUUUCCUUGCAUCAAUGGUUGGGGUAUAGAAUAAAUGUGUGAUCCAGUUUUUGGUAACGCAUUUGGCUUCUCUUGUAGUGUAGCAAUUGGAAGGUCUUCGUGUAUCAUUAAUUCCUUCUUCAUCUAGAGAAUUUCAGUAUUUCAAAAAUCUAUCUUUAUUAGUUUUUCCAUCUAAAUUCUUUCAUGUUAUCUAUCAAUUUUUUAAUUAUAUUUCCAUUGGAUUAUUACUAUAACUCACUGUAUAAUUGUGUCAACUGUCAAUAUCUUCAAAUUUUCUUUGUUAGAAUCUUAGAUAUUUUUAUAUAUCGUACUUUUUGUACAGUAUUCCUCCAAUUAAAAUGUUAAAUAUGUCAACAAUAUCUUAGCAAGUUGUGUUACUUUCGUGUAAUUGCUAUAAGCCCUUUCCUACAAACAUACUAAUGAGAUCUAAUCACUACUAUACUUUUUUAAAAUAUUUUAUUUAUAUCAACUUCUUGUCAUACCUGUACUCCAUUCAAGCUUAUUUCCAACCAUUUAAUUUUACUUUUUCAAUUACUGUCCCUUCAACAUUCAAGUAACCAACUUGUCAUAUAUAUAGUUGUUAACGAGCCUUUUAUAUUUCCAAUAUUCGUUGUAAUUAAGAUUGCCAAAUCGCUUUUUACAACAGGCUUUUCGUUGGGCUUUCGAGGACAUUCCAUUGAUGGAAAUUGUGAUGAACUUUUAUCAUUUUAUAGACUUAAUAAUAAGAGUGAGGUUAAGUUGGAAUUUUUGGAACCGUUGGUGAUAUUCAUCUUGAACACAUUGUUUAAACUAUCACUACACCGACACUCACAAUUACACUGCGCGUCAGACAGUGUAGUGUAGUGGGAGUGUAAACAGUAUGUUCAAGAGUGAGGUUAUUGGAGAUAUUUUAUAAAGGUGAUUAUGGUCUGUGGCUUGUUUGAAUUAUUUUGAUUAUAAUAUUAGAUACUCAAACAAUUAAAAUCAAAAAAUUUUCAACUUAAUCUAAAAAAGAACAAAAUGGGAUAACUUUAACUAGACAUGAUAAUGAAAAAUAUGUGUUUUGCCACCCAAAACUGAUCAUGGAUUACUUUUAUUUUCUCAUAAAAAAAAUUUAUGGUGUGGAUUUAUAUGAAUGCCAAUCAUCAGUAUUGCAUCACGUGGCUUCCAUUUGUAAAUAAUCAUUAUAUAGAAAUUAAUUUGCACUAGUUAAAGUUAUUUAUAUUCUAAAGCAAAAUCUGUUCAUUUGAAAAUAUAAAUUAUUAGUUCAAUUUUUCUCUGGUUAUUCAAAAUUAUUUUGAACUUGUUGCAAACUAUAUUCAUUCUGAUAAUGUACUUAAAACAAUAUCGAAACUUUGUCUGUAUCAACAUUAUGGCAAUCUUAUUUGCUUUUAGAUAUUAGGAUUAUCCCUGUUUUAAUAAUUUUAUUUUUCCACCAAAGAUCCAUAAUUAUUUAUAAGCGUGAAUAAUAUUUAACAAAGGCCAUCACGAAGUUUAGAAACAGAUAUGAAUUCCGAUGUCCAAAAAGUUGUGAGUAAAUAUUUCUAAAGUAAUUAUAUUAUAGUCCAUUCAUUUAACAUGGAUGCAUUUUAAUUUAUUAUUAUUUAUAAUCAUAAUAAUAAUAAUAAUCAUCUAAUUUUUAUUUUCAUACUUCAUAAUCAAACUAUUAAAUUAUUUAACGUAUCUUCCCUGUACAUAGAUUUCAAGAUUGCAUUAUUAAUGUACCCAAACAGUUGGUUACAUUGGUGGUCAAGCUAAAAUACCAUAUCAAUAUAUUAAUGGGUAUAACAUUUAUUUUGGAGAGAACCACUCUUAUUAUUAUUGCUUUCAAUCGGGCAAAUUACUACGAAUGAACUAUAAGUUUCUAGAUCCAAAGUUAUCAAUAAAAGACAUCUUCUUCCGAUAAAUUUCUUGGCUAUUUUGUCCCAAAUCUAUUACAUGUUUCACUUCUAAUGAUAAACAAUUUUUUUUCAUUUAUUUGUUAAUCAAAUCUCUGCUCUUGUCUAUUGCUAAGACUGAAGCUAGUUUAUAUUCGGCGUCUGAAGACGAUAAUUUUGGUUGGAAACGUUCACCAUACAGUGUAAUUGUGAGUGUUGGUGUAGUGAUAGCAUCAACAGUAUGCUCAUUGUUGGUUCUAUUUUUUCCAAAUUUUUUUAACCACAAAUGAAACCCUAUUCGGAUUACUAGGACAAAUCCGGAGAAACCCAGCAGAUGGAUAGGAAUCCUAAGUAUGAGAAUAUAUACUAAUUUCUUGACUUUGUGGUGGUCGCUCAAGUUAAAUAUUCCCAAUAGAAAUCAAAAUACUCAAUUAAAAAUUACAAUUAUCAUUACCGGUUAGCUUAGCUAAAAUAAUUACGUUAAACGUUUUCCAAUAAUUCAUUUUAACAUUAUUGAAGAUAUAACGCUUUUUAGGGAUUAUGCUUAUAAGAAAAAAAUUUUUAAUAAAAGUCAAUUAGCUCUUUUUAUAAAAUGAUUUUAUUGGGUUAGACCGAGGUCAAUUAAACUUUUUAAACAUUUUUACUCGAAUAUUAAAUAUAAAUGUUUGGUGCCAAUUAAAAAAGUCACAUUAAAAUUACCUUUCAUAACUUUUUAGAAAGAUUUAUUUAAAAGAAUUUUACACAUUUUUACCGACAUACUUUUAUUAUGUUGUGAUAAGGUUACGUAAGUUCUUCGUUUAUUCUUCUUUCUUUUAUAUAUCCUGUCCUGUAUUUAUAUAAUGUAAUUUAGGAAGUUGGUAAUUUUAAUUACAUAGGCAAAGUACAAGUUAUACAGAAAAGAAGAGCAACUUAUUCAAUUGAACAAUACAUAUGAAUGUAUAAUUUACUAUUUGUGAUUUUUUGUAGUUUCUUCUUGGUUUUUCGUAAAUUCAUUAUCUGCACAUCUUAUAUUCAAUUUUUUUUACAUUGAACGAAAUUGUUGUACAACAUAUAUUAUGGUUAUCAACUGAAAGAUUAGAAACGAUUAGAAUAACUGUAUCUUGAAAUGUAAGUCUACAUUUUAAUUAAUGUUACAAGUAAGGUAGGUUUUAUCUCCUUUGCUAACAAGAACAUUUAAAUUUCUUAAUUUUUAACCGAUUCUGUGGAACAAAUGUAUCAAAUACCGAUUGCAUAUCUACCAAAAAAAAUUGUUAUAUGCAGUUUUUAAUCAAUUUUAUAAUGAAUAAUAAAUGUUCACAGAAUGUACCAUUUAUAUGAUUUAAAAUUACUUGAUAGAGCAAGGGACCAAAGUUCGCUUUAUUAUUAUUAUUUCUCAAAUUAAAGAAAAAGCUCAAAAAACGUAUUUUAAUGACAAGUAAUUUUUUUCUUAUAAGUAUAUUUGAUUGUUUUAUCUGACAGCCAAAAACUUCCCUGUAAAUAUACAUACAUAUUUUAGUCGGUAGUUGUUGAUCAAAAAUCUCAUUGAAAAAAAGGUAGUAGAGAGUUUUUCGUUGCCUGUAAAAAUAUUUUUCUUAAAAUUUAUUGUACAAGUAAAUCUAACUACUAAAGUUGAAAAAUUAUACAGAUUAUUUAGUAUUACUUCACGAAUACUAUUUACAAUCACACUGUUUGGUAUUUUAAACCUUCCUUAGGUCACUGAUUCAUGUCCAGUAAAAGGACCAGACAGUGUAUUUGUUUGGAUGUAGUGUAGUGAUACUAAACAAUGCCUUCGGUAACAAUAGCAAUCACCUACCACGGUCUUAUCUCAUAUUUCAGAAUAAUAAAAGCAUUCUUCAGUUAAAUUAUCUUUUAAAAUGUCACGAAAAACUCAAAAAUGAAUCCUUUUAUAGUUUAGGGGCUGUGAAAAAAUAUUAAUAUCAAUAAAAGUUGUUUUCCUCAUUUAACUAUUAUAGGAAUGUAAAUCCUAUUGUAUAAUUACUUAUGUCGAUAAAGUACAUGCAGACAAAUGUUAUGAAGAAAAUUUUGAAUUAAGAAAUAUAUACAUAGCUGAUAAAAUAUUAUUAUCUAUGAAAUAAACGAUUAUUUAAAUUAA